AGGAUUUGUUGGCGAAAAUUGGUUCGCUCAACGAACGCUUCAACGGCAUUAUUUCCCGGCCAAAAUUUCUUUCUCUCUCUACUUUCUUUGAUCUCUCUCUCUCUCUUUCUCAAACAAAAUUCUCUAAUCCAUUUUCCCUAAACGUUUUUGGGGCAAAACACACUCACCCAAACUCUAAUUUUCUCUCAAUUUCUUUGUGUUUUUUCGCUCAAUUUUUUCUUCGUCUCUCUUUUCCUCCAAUUUUUGUUAUUUUUUUCAAUUGUCCAUUUGGAGAGCUAGGGUUAGGGUUCGGGAGUUUGAAUUUUCGGUUUCUGGCUAAUGGAUCGUACGGAUGCCUAAUUGAAAAGGACCGGACAGGGAGGAGGAAGAAGAUCGAGCCCUCAGGCGGAGAUCUGAGGCUUUGGUUUCUUUUUCUCUUUUUUUAGAAAUUUGAAUUGGAAAAUGAGCGCUUCGAGGUUCAUAAAGUGCGUCACUGUUGGGGAUGGAGCUGUGGGAAAGACAUGUCUUCUAAUCUCCUACACCAGUAAUACUUUCCCCACGGAUUACGUGCCAACUGUUUUCGACAAUUUCAGUGCAAAUGUGGUUGUGAAUGGAAGCACUGUUAACUUGGGAUUAUGGGAUACAGCCGGACAGGAGGACUAUAACAGGUUACGACCCUUGAGUUAUCGUGGGGCAGAUGUUUUUAUACUGGCAUUCUCUCUCAUUAGCAAAGCUAGCUAUGAAAAUGUUUCCAAGAAGUGGAUUCCAGAAUUGAAGCAUUAUGCACCCGGUGUCCCAAUUAUUCUUGUUGGAACAAAGCUUGACCUUCGGGAUGAUAAGCAGUUCUUUAUAGACCAUCCUGGUGCCGUGCCAAUUACUACAGCUCAGGGGGAGGAACUGCGAAAGCUUAUUGGAGCACCUGCUUAUAUUGAAUGCAGUUCAAAGACACAGCAGAAUGUGAAAGCAGUCUUUGAUGCGGCCAUAAGAGUUGUCCUUCAACCGCCGAAGCAGAAGAAAAAGAAAAGCAAAGCACAAAAGGCUUGCUCCAUAUUGUGAUUGGAGAGAAUAGGUGUAAAGAGACAAAAACAGUCUUCCAUUCUGCCUGUAACCCCCCCCAUUUCCUCACCCCCCCUUUUUUUUUUACAUUUUACUUAUUAUUCAGAAGAAGUAGGAGUUCAUGAAUGGUAUUGUCCACUUGUACAAUCUGGUCAUGAAACUCUGUUGAAGAAGAAGAAGAAGAAAGAAGAAGAAGCAUCAGGUGAUAAAUGGUGUUUUUGUUUUUCUUGGAAUUGUUGUGGUCCUCUAUUGUCGAGUUGCAUGGUUGCCGACCUUAUAUAUUAACUCCAGGUUUUGAUUGUUUUUAUUGUAUUAAUGUAAUAGACUGGAAUAUAUCCCAGUUAGGAAAACAACCUUGCUUUUCUACGGAUUCAGUUAUAUUAUUAAUUUGUAUCGUGCUUUAAAA